AUGUCUGAUCAGUUUUCACCAAAGCCUGAUGAUCAUAACUUGUCUGAAGGUUCUAAUCAGAGGUUUUCUGAAGCACGGGCAACUUUACACUCAAGCACACCUUCAAAACCAGUGGUGUCAUGUGCACUCGGUCGGACAGUUCAUAACCUUUCAUUACUAAGAGGAAGCAGCAUCCACAUUGGUCAUGAUUUAAAGAGCCCUUCACAUAGAUGGGCUGCCAGCGAUCGCUUGCGCCUCAUCCAUUUUCUACAAGAUAUUCAGCUUGACCGAGCCUUAGAUGUACUGCCGGAUAACUGCACCUAUGAAGACCUACUUAAAUGUACACUAGAAGAGCUCCGUUCCGUGUUUACCGGGUGCCUCACGGAGUUCGAAAUAAAUUCCGUUUAUUCAGACCUACAUUCUUAUGCCUCCAGUGGAUAUACAACAGAGUCGCAUUCACAUUCUGAGGAUUGUCAACCUAGACGAUGUUCCGAAACUUGUCCGUCCGAUCAAGUUAGGCAAAUGUCCACGAGUGCCAAUCGUCGUUCUCGUCCGCUCCUUGGUUCACUUUCGUGUGCAUCUUCAGAACCCAAUUCAGAAAGCGCGAAAACUAAGUUGCAUGCAGCAAGUUCGGGAACAUCAGGAGAGGAGACGUCUAUUAGUGAAUGCUGUGUAUCCAAAAUGGAUGCAGAACAACCUAAAACUGUAAAACGGGCAUCAUCUCUUUGCUCAGGUGAUAUACCACAAACCCAAUCAAACUACCGCCCAUCUUCCUUGUCCAUAUCAUCGGCUUUAACUGAUAGCCACUCAUUAUCUUUACAGGAAGAUGGUAAUGCGAAUUCCAUUGGUUUUUCGGGACCAUGUUCAACCUAUACUGGUUUGGCGAGUUCGGAGUUUUGGAAAGAUUUGCAAUCACAAAGUGCUUGUGAUAGUCAGUUCAAAGACUACUCGAUAGCGAAUUCUGCCCUACCAGUUUCUUGUAAUAUACAAAAACAACGAGCAGAUAUAAACGCAUGUUCUGUAAUUUCGAGUGCAUCAUACUCAGUUCCAAUUUGUCAACAAGUCAGUAAUGAGUUACAGUUGUCUCCGUUCUUUUCAAGCCGUUUGUCAAGUUAUGAUGGACAUUCCAUCCCAAGUACUCUCCUACGAAUAAAAGGUAGCUUUAUUGGUCAGUCUGCACCGAACUUACUGUACUAUAAGCGUGAUCCCAAUUAUAAUCAAUUCGUACACUGUCGAAACUCAUAUCAAAAUGUCUCGUCAGCUUAUACUCCACCUUCAAGCUUAAAAAGCCCUGAAUCACUAAUCUGUUCAAAGGAUCCUAAUAGCCCGAAGUAUGGAGCAAUUGUUAGACAGUCUAAAGUUUCUACCAAUCAAUCACUACUCGGAUCCGCCUCGGGAGCAAUUAAGAACAUUGAUGAAACUACCCGAGCACUUACAUCACUUCCUUUUCAUACUCAGCGUCGGAGUAUGCUAGUAAGCGGUUUGGGUAGCCUCAGUGGUAGUAGUGGUUGCAUGGCCGAUCGAAGCAUGUCCAGUCCUGCUCCUUCCAAUGAACCUGAUAGUCCAGUUUUUUCUACUGCUUCUCUUGCUCAUAGUGAUAUACCAUACCUUGUAUCACCAAAGAACAGUGUUGUUGCGUAUGAGCCAUCACAGUUAACUAGAUCUUCUGAUCUCUCUGGUGAAAAUUCAAAAACAGAGAUGCCAUGUACUCACCAAAGUAUUAGUAAACUGCAAGACAAAACUACGCAGCUAAAAAGAACCCAAACAAACUACAAAGUCAUCACAAGUAAAAAUAUCGAUACUAUUCCCCUUCAAGAGUCGUGUGAUGCAUCUUUGUUUACUGAGAAACGGAGUUUCAUCCCACGCUUGCAUCUGGAAAGAAAACAUACUCUAGAUUGUCGUCGUUGGUCACUAGCCUCAUUACCUUCGUCUGGUUAUGGUACAAAUACAUCGGAAAGUGGCAGUCAUUUGUCUCGUAGUCGAUGUUCAUCAAGAGAAAAUGUUUCUCAUAGUCUUCAUCCUCAAACUAACACACUGUAUGCAAAUGAUCGUGGAAUUUCUGCUCGUUCGAAGUAUCAAACAUCUAUACAAACUCCAAUUAAAUCCAUACCGAUAGAACGUUCUUAUUCUAUGAGAUCGCCUUCAAUACCUGUUUAUUCACAGCUACGGAAUUCGAAAUCUCCUCUGUCAUUGUCCUCAUCUGCUGGUCAAAAUACAGAAUCACCAAAUUUAUGUUUUAUUUCGCGUUCACCAAAGGAAUCAUGUACAGCAGAGACAAGAAGUGAUAUUUCACUUUCUAAUGUUCUACCUUUCCUGUACACUUCAGUUCACAGUGCAGAUUCUAAAAGCGUACCACACACGCCUGUUACUCGGGCAUCACCUCGAACUAACCAUAGUUCUGUAAGUGCUGUUCAAACAUGCUACAACUCUAGCUUUGACGGCUGCCGUACCCGUUCACGUAGUUUAAGUCCAUUACGUGUUUCAAAUGUUGGCGGUGAACAAGAUAUACUACUUUUAAACCAUGUUUAUCGGGAGCGCUUUCCAAAGGCAUCCGCUCACAUGCAAGAACAGCUGGCUUCCCUGGCUGAUGAAAUGGAGCAUAUGGAUACAGUAUCGUGGUCUGCAGUAGCAAGAUUUGUCCAUUGUCAAGUUGUCCAACAUGCACGAGAUUGUUUGCAGAAGGCUCUUUCAGGUCUUGUAACCUGCCGCUAUUUUUAUGAAAUGACUGAAAAUUUGAGCAAACUUGUCGAAGAUACUCGUACUCGUGACGCAGAUUCUAUUCCGCUUGUCGUCACAUUUGUCCGCCGACUACUUUUGAUUAUUGCCCGGCCUGCACGAUUACUCGAAUGUUUAGAGUUCGACCCGUCUGAAUUUUAUCAAAUGUUAGAAGUUGCUGAAAGUCACGUACGUCAUCGAACGAACUCCGUUAAUGUACCGGGUUCUCAGAUCAUUUCAGCUGACGUCCCUCUAUACAUUAUUUCGAAGCUUGGUCUCAGUAAAACUGUCUUGGAUGAGUCACAGAAUAUCAAAGCUUCUCAUCUGUGUAGUUCUAAUUUAAAUGAUUCACACCAUUCAGAGGAAUUUAAAUCUAAUUCUACUAUAAGAGUUAGAACAACUAGUGGAUCUAACCUGGAUUCAUGUAUGCAUACUGAUGAUGAAAUUGUUUCGCGGACAGCGCGUAGCAAUAGUAGUUGUGUUCCAAUUCGCCCACCUUGUGAAGCUGACUUUGAAGUUAUUAAGUUGAUAUCUAAUGGCGCUUAUGGUGCUGUUUAUCUUGUAAGACAUAAAAUAACUAGACAACGAUUUAGCUUGAAGAAAAUUCGUAAACAGCACUUACAAUUGCGUAAUCAAGUUGAACAAGUAUUCGCUGAACGAGAUAUUAUGAGUUUUGCAGACAAUCCAUUUGUUGUUAGUUUAUGUUGUACAUUUGAAACAAAAAAAUGUUUAUGCAUGGUGAUGGAAUAUGUGGAAGGGGGUGAUGUAGCAACUUUAUUAAAACAUAUUGGUGGACCCUUACCAUUAGAUUUGGCUAGAAUGUAUUUUGCUGAAACUGUAUUAGCUCUUGAAUAUUUGCAUAAUUAUGGUAUCGUUCACAGAGAUUUAAAACCAGAUAAUUUGCUAAUAACACAUGAAGGUCAUAUAAAAUUAACUGACUUUGGACUUUCUCGAAUUGGUUUAAUGAAUUUAGCUACUAAUUUAUAUGAAAAAAAUUUGGAUUUAGAAAAGGACUGUAAAAUGUUUCGUGAUAAACAAGUAUUUGGAACUCCAGAAUACAUUGCUCCAGAAGUGAUUCUCCGUCAGGGUUACGGUAAACCAGUGGAUUGGUGGUCUAUGGGGAUUAUGUUAUACGAAUUUCUCGUAGGAUGCGUCCCGUUUUGUGGUGCCACUAUAGAAGAACUUUUCGAUAAUAUUGUGACAGCACCAAUCGAUUGGCCUGAGGAAGAAGAAUAG